CGUCGCCGUCGCGCCAUGGACCUCUCCUCGUCCGGCGCCGGCGGCAACUCGCUGCCGUCGGUGGGCCCCGACGGGCAGAAGCGGCGCGUCUGCUACUUCUACGACGCGGAGGUGGGCAACUACUACUACGGGCAGGGCCACCCGAUGAAGCCGCACCGCAUCCGCAUGACGCACUCGCUGCUCGGCCAGUACGGCCUGCUCGACCAGAUGCAGGUCUUCAAGCCGCAGCCCGCCCGCGACCGCGACCUCUGCCGCUUCCACGCCGACGACUACAUCGCCUUCCUCCGCUCCGUCACGCCCGAGACGCAGCAGGACCAGAUCCGGGCCCUCAAGCGGUUCAACGUCGGCGAGGACUGCCCGGUAUUCGACGGGCUCUACAGCUUCUGCCAGACCUACGCGGGGGGAUCCGUCGGCGGCGCCGUCAAGCUCAACCACGGCCACGACAUCGCUAUCAACUGGUCGGGGGGACUGCACCACGCCAAGAAGUGCGAGGCAUCCGGCUUCUGCUACGUCAACGACAUCGUACUUGCCAUACUCGAGCUACUCAAAACACACCAGCGAGUUCUAUAUGUCGACAUCGACAUCCACCACGGUGACGGGGUUGAGGAGGCAUUCUACACAACAGACAGGGUUAUGACAGUCUCAUUCCACAAGUUUGGGGAUUACUUCCCUGGCACAGGGGAUGUCCGCGAUAUUGGGCACGCAAAGGGGAAGUAUUACUCCCUAAAUGUCCCUCUGGACGAUGGGAUCGAUGACGAGAGCUACCAGUCCCUGUUCAAGCCUAUAAUGGCCAAAGUCAUGGAGGUUUACCGCCCUGGUGCAGUCGUCCUUCAGUGUGGCGCCGAUUCGUUAUCUGGAGACAGGUUGGGUUGCUUCAAUCUUUCCAUCAGAGGUCAUGCGGAAUGCGUCAAGUACAUGAGAUCUUUCAACGUUCCGUUGUUGCUUCUUGGCGGUGGUGGAUAUACCAUAAGAAAUGUUGCACGAUGUUGGUGUUACGAGACUGGAGUUGCACUUGGCCAAGAGCUCGAGGAUAAGAUGCCUAUCAAUGACUACUAUGAAUACUUUGGGCCAGAUUACACUCUUCAUGUAGCACCAAGUAACAUGGAGAACAAAAAUUCACAGCACCAGCUGGAUGAUAUAAGAAGCAAACUUCUUGACAAUCUUUCAAAACUUCGGCAUGCCCCUAGCGUCCAAUUUCAAGAGCGGCCUCCUGAUACAGAGUUACCUGAGGCGGAUGAAGAUGAAGAGGAUAUGGAUGAAAGGCACGAUGACCCUGAUUCUGAUAUGGACUUGGAUUACCACCACCCACCUUUGGAAGACUCGGGAAGGAGAAGUAUUCAAGGUACAAGAGUUAAGAGAGAAUUUACUGGAACUGAGACCAAAGAUCAGGAUGCUAUUAGAGCAUCAGUUGAACAUAGAGGACAAGAACCCAAGACAGAAGACGUUGGUCCCUCCAAGCAAGUUGCUCCGGUCGAUGCUAGUGCCAUGGCUGUUGACGAGCCAGGAAAUAUCAAGACUGAACAAGGGAGCUCUACCAAGUUGCCAGACCCAACAGCCAUCUACCAGAAGCCAUGAUUACAUUGUUUGGGCACGUUUACUGUGUACCAAGUUGGCAGACCCAACACAACAGCACAUGUUUUGACAGUCAAAAAAUGAGGAAAGAAUGAAGUGAAUCAGGUGAUACAUUUUUUUUUUUGCAUUUCAGACGGUCUGCCUUUCUGUAGAAGUGGUGCUGGUCUGCCAGUCCGUAGAAGUGGUGCGGUAGGCAGUGCUUUGAGGUGGAGACAAUAGUCUGACCCAUGUAUACAUGUAGCGUGGAUUGAGCUGUAAUUUGUAGUCGAACCAUAAUCAAUUAAAUGGACCGUGAGGCAAAAUUUCCUCGGUUAUCAGCAA